AGAGGGAGGGAGAAGGAAAGAAGAGAGAGAGGAGAGAGAGAGAGGGAGGGAGAGAGCUCGACAGGACAGACACAACCACUGGGCUGGAUUCUGGUGUCGCUUCUGUUGAGAAACCACUCUCCCACCCUCCGCUCGUGGUUUCGUUUAUCGGUCUGAAGACCCACUGCUGAAACACUGACGGUUCUGAGGAAGUUGGCAAAAGAUUUGGCCCCGGGCGGACGGGAGAGUUGAUGCCAGACGGGGUCAGCGCCGGGGAGCAAGGGAAGGCCAUUGACCGAGCCGCCAUGUCCCUGAAGUACUGCAAUGUCCCGAGUCCUGAAGCGACCAGCAACAGCUUCUGGAUGCCGGACAAGUAUAAAAGCACGGCCAAGCGAGUGGACGAUGGCUACAAGAUCUGCAACGACAUCAUGCUGUGUUUCCAAGAGAGGGCCAAGAUCGAGAAGCAGUACUCACUGCAGAUGGCGGCCUGGUCACGAAAGUGGAAGCCCUUGGUUGAAGCAAGUCCCAUGUACGGCACCCUGUUGAAGGCAUGGCACGCGUUCCUCACGUCCGCUGACCGCCUGAGUGAGCUGCACUCGGACAUCCACACCUCCCUGGUGGCCGAGGACACGGGCCGGAUCCGCAAGUGGCAGAAGGAGAUGUACCACAAAAAAUUCUUUGGGGGAUUCAAGGAAACACACGAGGUGGCGCACGGAUUCAAGAAAGCACAGAAGCCCUGGACAAAGAAACUGCAAAAGGCAGGGAAGUUGAGGAAACUCUACCACGCCAAGCGGAAAAAGGAGUGUGUGGCCAUUCUGCGGGAGAACGGGUGCCGUGCCAACACUGCCUCCUCCUGGAAGCAGCAGAAACAGCAGCGGCUGAGGGAGCAGCGCAGCCAGGAGGCGGAGAAGGUGAGCUGGGAAUUCCGGGAUCGCAGGACAACAGAGGCACGGACACUGAAGCCCCUUCUAUUGAUCACCUCCACCAAUUGCUGCCAAUUCUCUCCCCGUAGUUUCCGGUCGAUAUUUAAGGAUCUUCACCAGACGGUGCUAUCGAUAAACGACCAGAACGAUUUAAAAUGGUGGCGCAACACUUAUGGGCCGGGCAUGCCGACAAACUGGCCGCACUUCGAGGAAUGGAGUCCAGGCACGGAGAAGAUCACAGACAAGAAGGGGAAAGGACAGAAGGAAGCUGAGAAGGUGGUUCUUCAAAGCUUAAGUUUAAAUAAAGGUUAUUCCUUGGGGGAGGAUGGCAGGAACAUCCCUGGCGUGAGAAUCCGCGCCCUCUAUGAUUACUCCAGCCAGGAAUCAGACGAGCUGAGUUUCAAGGCGGGUCAGGAACUGACUAAAAUCGAGGAUGAGGAUGAACAGGGAUGGUGUAAAGGUUACCUGGAUGGAGGCCGGAUUGGACUGUACCCUGCAAACUAUGUGGAGCUCGUACAGUAGAAACUACGCACACAAACACGGGGACAUUCGGACACAAGGACAGCAAGCAGCAACAGCAACCGUCUCGGAGACACUGCUCGCAAAAACAUUUGUACAUUUGUUAUUCUCCUUUGCAUUAACUUACCCUGUGACAAUAUAACUCGAGUGGACUAUCCAUGUCAAAUUGUACAGGGGUGUGACGUUACUAUUUGAGGUAUUCUUGCUGUGUCUAGAGGGUUGAGUACGUUACACACUGUGGGUCAACCUGAGGGAGGCAAGAAUCUUGCAGAAUGCAAACAGGCCCUUCGGCCCCACUUGUCCAUGCUAACCAAGCUGCCUUCCACUGCUGCUCCCGUUUGGCCCGUACCCCUCCAAACCUUUCUUAUCCACCUACCUGUCUUUCAAAGGUGAAUUUACGCACCUUCCCACCACCUGCGGCAGCUCGUUCCACACACCCAUCCACCUGCUGGGUGGAAACGUUGAAAUCAGUCCCCUCUCACCUUCAACCUCUUUCCCUCUUAUCUGGGUCCCAUCACUUGCUAGGCCUUGCCCAACCUCAUCGAAGAUACACACAAAAUGCUGGAGUAACUCAGCGCGACUUGACCCAAAACGUCACCCAUUCCAACACCCCAGAGUUGCUGCCUGUCCCGCUGAGUUACUCCAGCAUUUUGGGUUUAAACCAGCACCUGCAGUUCCUUCCUACCCCUUCCUCUCUCCUGGCAAGUUCUGCCUUUGUUAAGGUUCUAGAUCAUAACUAACAUGACAGGCCAUUAACCAACGAGAGUCCCUAGACUUGGUGCUAACCCCUGGGAUGCAUGAUGGAAGCACACUGAGGUUAAUGUUGACACUUCCAACUUCAGGCAGCCCAUGCUUUCCCUCCCUCUCCAUCCCCUCUCCCUUCCCAAUUUUCCCACCACUCGCACUGUCUUUGACUACAAUCUAUCUCUGUCCCACCCACUCCCCUGACAUCGGUCUGAAGUAAGGGACUCGACCCAUUCCUUCACUCCAGAGUUGCUGCCUGUCCCGCUGAGUUACUCCAGCAUGUUGUGUCUAUCUGGAGUUAAUGAAUUUGCUUCGUCUUGGGAUGAACAACAUGGCCAGCCAGCCCCACACAGGUCAACAUGGCCAGUCCCACACAGGUCAACAUGGCCAGUCCCACACAGGUCAACAUGGCCAGACAACCCCACACAGGUCAACAUGGCCAGCCCCACACAGGUCAACAUGGCCAGGCCCACACAGGUCAACAUGGCCAGCCAGGUCCCACACAGGUCAACAUGGCCAGCCCCACACAGGUCAACAUGGCCA